AUGAUUGACAUCACAGUCUGCAACAUGUGGAGAUGUAUAACGUACAUAGUAGCACUGUUGUCACCAUGGUUGGUCGUUGGACUGACUCUGGAUAGGUUCUACUGUGUUGUUUUCUCAAUGAAACGCGACCGAUUCUGCACCAAAAGGAAAGCUACUAUCGCAUGUUCGUGUCUGAUUGCUGUGUCGGUAGCGAUGUCGAUUCCACUGGCGUAUAAUGGGAAGGUUGUGAAAGACGCAGACAUAAUCUGUGUUGUAAGCGAUCAGCUCAUGGGAUACUUCGCUUCUUUUCGUCUGGUUUUUAACUCUACCCUACCUUGCCUCUUGAUAUUGAUCGUCAACAUUGCUACUGGAAUCCACAUCCAGCGCAGCGCUAAUUUCCGUAAGAGAUUCACCUCCACCAGCUCUGGUUCCACGGAAAACAAGCUGGACAAGUCACUCCGACCUCUUAUGCUGAUCUUCAUACUAGCUUUCGUAACUCUUCUCCCUUCAUCUAUUGCAGAAAGUGCUAUAUUGGUUCUAAUGGUAACAGGAAAAGACCCGAAUGCGCUAUAUGUCUUCACCAAAGUGUGGCCGCCAGUUAAUAGUGUGUAUCUGGUCAAUUUUGGGCAGAAUUUUUACAUCCUAAUGGCCAGUUCAACCAACUACAGGAAGAUCAUGAAAAGCAAGCUUAAAUGCAAGAAGGUCUCCAGGCAGGAGGUGAAUGUUCCGGUGUCAAGAGGUCCAGUCCAGGAUUGUGAUGUUGUCGACACAAAUGUCGUGGAAUUGAGUGGUAGACACGCGAUAAAUUCCGGGCCGACGUCGUCAGUUACCUCCUCCAUUACGGAAUGUCAAGAUGGUUCAAUAGAUUUCACGGAAAUGUUACAUCUCUAA